AUGUCAGAGAUGCAACAGCGCGUUGCGGAGCUGACUGGCAUCCCCAUCCACGAGCAAGAAAUCAACCCCUUUCUCAAGUUCGACCAGCCCAGCAACGCCAACAUACAAGGAGAUGAGUUGAGCAUCGGCCUGCACUUGGACGUGAACGGUGGCUUUCCACACUGCGUCUGUUCCGUCAUCAUCUACCUCAAUGAGGUGGAAAAGGGUGGACGGACAGUCUUCCCUUGUGCAGCUGUGCCAAGUAUGGGAGAGGAUGCGGAGGAAGCAGCGCGCAGCCUAGCACUGGGGCAAGCGCUGGCAGGGGCCGGACACACGCACACAAGCCAUUCGCGAGUGGCGGAGACGCUUGCCGAGGAGGCCGCCGAGCUUGUGCGCCGGGCGAAUGGCAGUCAGGGGCGGCCCGCUGGGCUGAGGGUGGCACCGCAGCGCGGAGCAGCCCUUUGCUUCUUCACGCUGCAGUCCGACAGUAGCAGCUUCGUUCCAGAUCCUUCUUCCUGGCACGGCGGGGCAGCUGUUGCUGGCUGUGUUGGGAAAUGGACCUUGCAAAUCUUCAAGGAAGUGCCCUUCUCGCAUCGCGUUGGUGGGCCUGCUGACGAGGCAAAGUACAUUGAGUCACUGCGACACCGCUUCUUGCAGGCUGCGCGGAACCACAGACUACUAUCCUACACAACAUCUGAAGACGAGGCUUUGUCCUGCGAGUUCUGUGAGUCCUGUCACGGACGGAAAGUGAUCGGCCUACUGCUGGGCCGCAGAAGCAAGUCGUCAACUUAUGACGAUGACGCUCCUCUCGAAAAGAACGCGCAAAGCGGGAUUCAGCCAGAUGGCUGGUCCUGGACAGGUGAGAAGUGUGAUGCUUGGGAGCAGAGCCCGACCAGCGGGGACGAGACUUUCAUUGGACCUGAUGGAGCGGUCUACGACGUCUUCUAUCCAUCCGCCUCGUGCCCGGACGAGAAGGAGGAGACCUCCACUACCUGCAGCGAUUCAGGAGGCAGCCCGCAUCCCGUGCCACGAGCUCGCUCCGCUGAAGCAAGCAUUGCAGGUGUUGUGGACUUCAUUCGCAGCGCGGCCAUUGCGCGUUAUCCUGCUAGAGCAAAGCUCUACGACGUAGUUCAGAGAGCUGCGCAGACCGCACUCGGAAGCCACUUCCAGAGGUCUGCCCUCAUCGGGAGCACAGCUCUGCGCAUUGACACGCCUGACUCAGAUUUGGAUGUAGUCGUCUAUACCUGCAGCUCAUACUACGAAAAUGGCACGGAGAGCCCUGCCCCAGAUCCCAUUCAGGCUCUGCGGCAGGUGACAGAGGCACUGGCAAUGGAAGACCCAGCGCUGAAACUGCAACUGGUGGACUGCGCGCGUGUGCCCGUCCUCACUGUUCUGUCAGCAGAUGGGCGCCUAUCCCUCGACCUUACAAUUGAUCAGCCGCUUGGUGAGUGGCAUGUGCUGUGGUUCAAGAGCCUCUGGCAGUGGGACCCAUACGCGGCAGAUGCCUGCUCUGUGGAGAAACUGCCGCCACCAAUUCAGGAUGGCGAGCUUGGUAAGUGGAGUACCGGCCUGGAGGCGACAGCGUUGCGAUGCAUCAAAUGGUGGUUGCGACGCAGAAACAUCCCAGUGCCAAAGGAGGGUGGCUACCCAACCGUUGUCUGGACUUUGAUGGUGCUGCAUGUCCUUCGAUGCUCCCUGUUUGUGAAUGAAGAGUCCAAGCAGGAGAGGAGCGGCCGCGGUUUGCUCAGUGCCCUCGCGGCUUUCUUUGACCGCUUCUCCACGCCCGGCGCCAGCUCAGGGACCCUGUCCUUCUGCAUGGGACCUGAUGGCAUGAGCACUGUGUUUGAGCCCCAGCCCGCUUAUGAGGACACAUAUCAGUAUGCAUCCGACGAUGCUUACGGCGGGCUUUCCGUCCUUGACCCAACGACGACAUGCGAAACAUCCGUUGCAUUUGGGGUGGUGCCAACCGAGCUGGCGCCGCAGCUGCCAGCAGCAACGCGCCUUCUUCAUGCUUACGAGCUCCAGCGGGCUCAGCGUUUGUCAGCGACGGCUCUUGCCUCUUGCUGCGAAGAGACUACCCACGAGCUUGGAGCUGAAGCUUUGGAGGAGCUCUUCAUGGAGACUUCCACGCCAUGCAAUACGAUGCCGGCAGCCGCUCCUUCGCAGCCGGUUUCCGUCAUUGUUCUCCGAGAAGGUGAGCUAGCAAUUGGUAUCCUCCAGAAGGUUGUCCCAAAGCCGGGAUGGACGGCCCCGUUCCUCCAUCGGCGGGACAGCCUCAGCUCAUUUGCCCUGCAGCUCUGCGAGGUUCGAGAAACGGAUGGCCUUCUCACACCCUGGGAAACGACCGUCAGAGAGCACUGGUACUAUGCCUGCGACUUUGUUUGCCUGGCCGCCCUUCAACCUGUGUUUACUCGAGGGCAAUGCCGCGGUAAGCAUCUACGCCGAGAGCGAAACCGAUGGAAGGUGGAUCCGGAAGGCAGGGGUUAG